UCUCCCGCUUGUGUCCGUGCAGCUGGACCGGUCCGAGGAGAGCGCGGCCUCCGGCGCCCACAUGAUCCCCACGGCCAGGGUGGCCGCCCACAGACCCGUGCGGAUCGCCUUCAGCCUCAAUGACGCCCCAGACGCUGACCCCCAGGGAGACGCCGUCCCCUCGGCCUUCCCGGACCUAGACCAGCAGCUCCAGCCUCUCCCUCCCUGCCACGGCAACAAGGAGUCGAUGCAGGUGUUCAGACAGCACUGCCGGAUCGCCGACGAGUACCAUGAGGUCAACAGGGAGAUCGCCCGGCUGCAGGAAAGGAAGAAGGAGCUGCUCGCCCGGCUGGACCGAGCGGAGAAGGAGAACGUGGACGCGGCGCAGCUGGGCCGGGAGUACGCGGCCCUGAGCGAGGAGAACCGGGCCCUGCGGCGCGCCCAGGCCCAGUGUGUGGAGCAGCUGGAGAAGCUGCGCCUGCAGUACCACAAGCGGCAGGGCUCCUCCUAGCCC